AUGGCAUUUGAUCCUAUUGGUCCUUUAGAAGAUUAUCUGAAUAAAAGGAAAAAAUCCCCUUCACAGAUACAUGACUGCAGUAUUCCAGGAAGCCAGUGCGCCAGCAAUGUUAAAUUAAGUGGGGAUUGUUCAGUCAGAAAGGAAAACUUGCUCCCCUUGUGCUUUGAGGAUGAACUGAAAAAGCCCAAUGCUAAGAUAAUCAAUGUGAAUGCACCGAAGACAGAAGUUUCUCACAUGGAACAAAAUGAUACAACCCCCAUCAUUUUCCAUGACACAAGAUAUGUACAAAUGAUACUCUUGACAAAAAAUAAGAUUCCUCUUCCUCAUAGCAAUAAAGAAAGUAUUUACCCAUUUGGAAGAGCAAAUUUUGUUUUAGAAAGAAAUCGUGGCGUCUACAAAUCUCUAAUUGGUGGCCAAUCUAGUACUCCUUCCAAUGUCAAAGAAACUGUGCCUGCAGCCUGGAGGGAAAAGAAGCCGACAACACCACUGGAAGUGAAGUGCCGGUGGGUAGAGGAGAAACGGAAGAGGAAAACUCAUAAGCAGAUAUUAGAAAAUAAAUAUUGGAAUAAACACUGUAAUUUCUCACAGACAUUGGCCAGCCUAACUAAAAAUGCCGAGAGUUUCCUCAACAAAACGAUUGGUCAAGAAAUGAACGCUAAGACUGGCAAAUUGGAGAGAAUGUUUUCUACCAGGAAGCCAAUGAGCACACACAAAUUUUGUGCUUCAGCCGUCAAACUCUCAAAGCCUCUGAAAAACAAACUCGAGAUUCAUAAAGUAAGCCACGUGACACCACUGGACGAUUUGCUAGUUAUGACCAGUAAAGCUUAA